AAAAAAUCAAUAAAAUAAAGAAGAUUUAUUUGCCAUUGUAUAUAAUUGGCCCAUUUAAGACUGAUAGAAGAUUCAUAACAUUGAUAUUGAUCGCGCAAUUUUUAAAAUAUUUGAUAACGGGGAAAAAAGGAAAAUAUCACGCAUCUUAUCUCGAUUCAGAAAAUCUCAGAGAUGUUACGGUUACUUGCGAUCAUUGUGCUCAUCAACUCGGGAAUUUGCCACAAUUUAUCUAAAGUUACUUGGGCUCAUGCAGUCAAUUCUUGGAAAUUACUAAAUCAAACGCUCAGUUCAAGCGAUAUUCAGAUGAUUGAAGCUGAUGUGAUCAUUGGAAAGCAUAAAAAUGGAUAUAAAAUUCCAAUCAUGGGUCAUCCACCGUUUUCUUCACGGGAUUUAUCGUUGGAACAGUUCUUGACCGCUGUUAUUGAACACAACGGGAAUGGUGAUAACAAUAAAAAGGGCAUUAAACUUGAUUAUAAAACAAUCGAAGCCGUGCAACAGUCAGUAUUCAUGUUAAAAAGAAAAGACUUGAAGGCUAACACGCUUUGGAUAAAUGCUGAUAUUAUUCUUGGUCCAGGCAAAGGAAUCAAACCAAAACCAGUUGACGCAAAUUUAUUCUUUGAUGUCAUUAAAUCGAUUGAAGAGUUAAAAAGUGUAACAUUCUCAAUUGGAUGGACUACAAGUGUGAAUAUAAUUCCUGGGCUACCACUAUGGACCAUGAAAACAAGAUAUAGUCAAAAUCAUGUUGAUGCCAUGAUCAAAGCUAUUGAAGAAAAUCAUAUCGAUGGCUCUAAUUAUCCGAUUUCAUUUCCAAUUCGUGCAGCCAUCGCCGCAGAAAGUAGAGAAGUGUUACAAUACUUAUUUAACGAAGUAAGCAAACAGAGCAACGUUACCUUCACCAUUUGGUCGGCCACCAACGACGAGGUGAAUAUUUCGAAAUUACAAGAUUUGAUCCUAUCAAUUGGAACAGAUAAAGUUUAUGUUGAUGUACCGAAAAAAUUGAAAGAUCAAUUGAAUCUGAAUAAUCCGUCAAACGACGUAUGUAAAAUUAAAUUUCCUGAAAUCGACUAGGCGAUUUAUUACAAGUUGAAUAAAAUG